AUGGCUCCAGCUGUCGGUAUCGAUUUGGGAACCACCUACUCCUGCGUGGGUGUCUUCCGUGAUGACAGAAUUGAAAUCAUUGCCAAUGAUCAGGGUAACAGAACCACACCAUCAUUCGUUGCCUUCACAGACACCGAACGUCUGAUUGGUGAUUCUGCCAAGAAUCAAGUCGCCAUGAACCCUCACAAUACCGUCUUCGAUGCCAAGCGAUUAAUCGGUCGCAAGUUCGCUGACGCUGAGGUUCAGUCCGACAUGAAGCACUUCCCCUUCAAGAUCAUCGAUAAGGGUGGCAAGCCAAUCAUCCAAAUCGAGUUCAAGGGAGAGGAGAAGACCUUCACUCCAGAAGAAAUCUCUUCCAUGGUCUUGACAAAGAUGCGUGAAACCGCUGAAUCUUACCUCGGUGGCACCGUUAACAACGCUGUCAUCACUGUUCCAGCCUACUUCAACGACUCUCAGCGUCAGGCUACCAAGGACGCCGGUCUCAUCGCUGGCCUCAACGUUCUUCGUAUCAUCAACGAGCCAACUGCUGCUGCCAUUGCUUACGGUUUGGACAAGAAGGCCGAGGGUGAGCGAAACGUUCUCAUCUUCGAUCUCGGUGGUGGUACCUUCGAUGUCUCCCUCUUGACCAUCGAAGAAGGUAUCUUCGAAGUCAAGGCCACCGCUGGUGACACUCACUUGGGUGGCGAGGACUUCGACAACCGUCUGGUCAACCACUUCGUCCAGGAAUUCAAGAGGAAGCACAAGAAGGACCUUACCUCCAACGCUCGUGCUCUCCGUCGUCUCCGAACCGCCUGCGAGCGUGCCAAGAGAACCCUUUCUUCUUCUGCCCAGACCUCCAUUGAGAUUGACUCUCUCUACGAGGGUAUCGAUUUCUACACUUCCAUCACUCGUGCCCGUUUCGAGGAACUCUGCCAGGACCUCUUCCGUUCCACCAUGGAACCAGUCGAGCGUGUCCUCCGAGACUCCAAGAUCGACAAGGCUACCGUCCACGAAAUCGUCUUGGUCGGUGGUUCCACCCGUAUCCCCAAGAUCCAGAAGAUGGUCUCCGACUUCUUCAACGGAAAGGAGCCAAACAAGUCCAUCAACCCCGACGAGGCCGUCGCUUACGGUGCUGCCGUCCAAGCUGCCAUUCUCUCCGGUGACACCUCUUCCAAGACCCAGGAAAUUCUCCUUCUCGACGUUGCUCCUCUCUCCAUUGGUAUCGAAACUGCUGGUGGUGUCAUGACUGCCCUCAUCAAGCGUAACAGCACCAUCCCAACCAAGAAGUCCGAGAUCUUCUCCACCUUCUCCGACAACCAGCCCGGUGUCUUGAUCCAGGUAUACGAGGGUGAGCGUGCUCGCACCAAGGACAACAACCUUCUCGGAAAGUUCGAACUUACCGGUAUCCCACCUGCUCCUCGUGGUGUUCCACAGAUCGAGGUUACCUUCGAUGUCGACGCCAACGGUAUCAUCAACGUCUCUGCCGUUGAGAAGGGAACUGGUAAGACAAACAAGAUUGUCAUCACCAACGACAAGGGUCGUCUUUCCAAGGAGGAAAUCGAGCGCAUGUUGGCUGAGGCUGAGAAGUACAAGGCUGAGGAUGAAGCCGAAGCCGGUCGUAUCCAGGCCAAGAACCAACUUGAGAGCUACGCUUACUCUCUCCGAAACACCCUCGGAGAGACAGCUGCCCAAGAGAAGCUUGAUGCUGCUGACAAGGAGACCCUCAAGAAGGCCAUCGACGAGACCGUUGAAUGGCUCGACAACAACACCACUGCCACCAAGGACGAGUUCGAAAGCAAGCAGAAGGAACUCGAGGGUGUUGCCAACCCAAUCAUGAUGAAGUUCUACGGUGCUGGUGGUGCUCCAGGUGGCGUUCCCGGUGCCGCUGGUGGUGCUCCCCACGCUGGUGGUGACGAUGGCCCAACUGUUGAGGAGGUCGACUAA